CCAACUUCUCUUUAAAGCGUGUGACAAGAAAUUGCACUUAAAAAAUUAGCUGCUGAAGAAAACGAAAAAAAAUCCAAACAGAUCAGUCCAGAAACCUCUUCGUCCUCCGCUUCGUCCGCCGCUAAGAGACGCCGCAGCUCCAUGGAAACGUUGGAGGACACCUUCCGCGAAGGAUUCUUGAAGGAUGUAGGCAGUCUCUUCAUGGACGAGCUAUUCUCGGAUAUGUGGUUCAUUGUGGAGGAUCAGCGCCUGCCGGCGCACCGUAUGAUACUAGCAAACCGCAGCCUGUACUUCCGCGCCCUGCUCUACGGAGACAUGACCGAGUCAAAUGAACCAGACGUGCCGCAGGAGGAGCCCCAAGAGGAGCCACUGGAGGAGCCGCUGGAGGUGUCGCUGGAGGAGCCGCUGGAGGAGUCGAUGGAGGAACCGCUGAAGAAGCCGAUGGAGGUGCGUCUGGACGUGCCGCUGGAGGCAUUCAAGGUAAUCCUAGGCUAUCUUUACUCGGGCAUUCUUGCUGUAUCCACACUGGACGUGGAUGCAACCUCCAAAGUGCUUGGUUUGGCAAAUCUGUAUAUCUUGCCAGAAGUCGUAUUGGCCCUAGCCAAACAUCUGCAGAAUAAUCUGUCCAUCAGCAACACGUGCAUGAUCCUGGAUACAGCUUGCAAAUUCAAUCUUGCAGAGCUGUCCAUGAAAUGCCUUAAGUUCAUGGACAAAAAUGCACCCCAAGUUCUGAAACACCAGUCCUUCCAAAUGCUGUCCAAGGAAUCACUGGAAGAAGUGCUGCGACGGGACACAUUGAUUGAACACGAAAUCAAUGUCUUUCAAUCGGUACUCAAAUGGAGUCGCCACAAUCAGGGCGUGGACAUCAAAUCGGUGCUCUCGCUUGUACGUCUCUCUCUCAUUAGUGUCGAAGACCUGGUGCGUGUGGUGCGUCCCUCUGGGAUCGUCGAGUCCGUAAAAAUACUCGACGCCAUCGAGAAACCGAUAAUCACGUCGAUAUUGCCCUAUCGUGCCCACGUGUCUCCAGGAGUGGAUGUGGCCUUCCAUUUAGGUAAAGGUUUUGUUGUCAACCAAAAUGAGAUCGUUAUUAAGCUGAGCUUCUGGUGCAUAAUCAAUAUCAUCUCUAUCGAAGUUAUUCUAAAGACCAAUGACACGCCCAACUGCACCGUGGAGGUCUCUUGCGACAUGAUCCACUGGGAUGGCGUAGGAAAUAUAGAAUUAUCUACUCCCACACAGCAGGAAAUCCACUUCACCCGCAUGCCUGUUCGCUUCAUUCGGAUCGUCGAUCCAGAGAGUGGCCGCAAAGAUGUUUUAAGUUAUUUGCUGCUCAAGGCCGUUCUAAAUAACACCAUUCCCUAGACGAUCGAUCGACUUGGAAACUGUUUAACAGUAGCGAUGACUGAGUGAGAGUCUGAAGACUUGUUCCUUUUCUUUUUCCUAUGAAUGGAUUAUUUUUAUUUGUACUUCCAUUCAUUAAUUUCUUCUAUUUGAUUAAAUUCGUAUAACCAAUAAAAUAAAUAUUAAAUUUGUCUUGUUCAAUUUCCAAGAAA